AUGCUCCUCGGUGAAAAAGUGUUACCAACUAGUUCUCUUUGCUGUACAGCCACAUUUUGUGAAGUUCGUUGCAGUCCUGACGGUUCCAAAUACGCCAUUGCUCACUUUAAGGACAAGACGAGACGAUCGGAACGUAUCGAUUUGACCACCACAGAAGGAAGUUCCAGGUUUAUUAGCUACAUCCAGUUACCCGACGACCCGGAAGUAGAUUGCCAAAGCUCUUAUGUCCAAAUUUAUUGGCCAUCUGAUAUAUUAAAGGAAGGAAUCGUUCUCAUCGACACACCGGGUAUUGGUGAAAACACGGAAAUGCUGAGUUUUCUUGCGUCUUACAUGUCGCAAGCCUUUGGGUUUCUUUACGUAAUAAAUGCCGCAAGUGCUGGUGGUAUUUUCUUUCUUUUAUCCUUUCAUUUUUUCUUUCUUUUAUCCUUCUUUCUUUCAUCCUCAAAUCCUUCUUUCUUUCAUCCUUUCACCUUUCUUUCUUCCAUCUUUAUUUCUUCCAUCCUUUCUUUAAAUCCUUUCAUCUUUUCUUUCUUUUAUCCUUUCAUUUUUCAUCUUUCUUCCUUCCUUUCAUCUUUUUUUCUUUCAUUUUCUUUUAAACUUUCAUUUUUCUUUCUUUCAUCCUUUAAUCUUUCUUUGAUUUUUUCUCUUUUCUUUCUUUCUUUCUUUCUUUCUUUCUUUCUUUCUUUCUUUCUUUCUUUCUUUCUCCCUCAUACUUUUUAG